CGCCUUGCUUGACUCUUCAUCUCCUCCACAAAGGAAUAGAGCAACUAUCAUCCUGCAAAGAUGUCUGCUGCGGGAUACGGAAACCAGUGCUAUGCCAGCUGUCCUGCAUCUACAGUGACGAUACAGCCACCACCCUUCGUCCUAUCCAUCCCAGGGCCAGCACUUUACUGUCCAGACCAAGCCUUCGGCAUUGAGCAAUUCAACCCCUGUGCAGGCUAUGGUGGUGGAUAUGGUGCCAUCGGAAGCAGUGGAGGAGGAUUCAGUGGUGGCAGCAGUGGUGGUUUAAGCAUCGGUAGUGGUUUGGGUGGUGGUAGUGGAGGUAUGGGUGGUGGUGGUGGAGGUUUCGGUGGCAUGGGUGGUUUAGGUAGAGGUGGUAUGGGAGGAACAGGUUAUGGUGGACGUAUUGGUGGCCUGGGAGGUGGUUUUGGCAGUGGUGGUAGAUUGGGAGGUGGCUCAAGUGGUGGUUUGGGUGGUGUUAGCACUGGUAGCAGCAUAGGUGGUGGACGUGGAGGAAGCAUAGGUGGGGGACGAAGAGGCAGCAUUGGUGGUGGAUCAGGAGGCAUCAGUGGUGGUGGACGUAGAGGUAGCAUUGGUGGUGGAUCAGGGGGCAUCAGUGGUGGUGGAAGUAGAGGUAGCAUUGGUGGUGGAUCAGGAGGCAUCAGUGGUGGUGGACGUAGAGGCAGUAUAGGUGGUGGACCAGGAGGCAUCAGUGGUGGUGGACGUAGAGGAAGUAUAGGUGGUGUAUCAGGAGGCGUCAGUGGUAGUGGACGUAGAGGCAGUAUAGGUGGUGUAUCAGGAGGCAUCAGUGGUGGUGGACGUAGAGGCAGUAUAGGUGGUGGAUCAGGAGGCGUCAGUGGUAGUGGACGUAGAGGCAGUAUAGGUGGUGGAUCAGGAGGCAGCAUUUCUGGUGGCAUGGGUGGUAGUGGACGAAGAGGCAGCACCAGUAGUGUUGGCAGUGGAGGUCGAAGAGGAAGCGUAGGUGGUGGCAUGGGCAUUGGAGGAUCGGGAGGCAGCAUGGGUGGUGGUGGCACCAGCACCACAUACAGCAGUGGUCGUCGAUACAGCGGCGGUCGCCGUUAUAGUGGCAGUGGUGGUCGCCGUUACAGUGGUAGUGGUGGUGGAUUUGGCAGUGGUGGGUAUGGCAGUGGCGGAUAUAGUGGCGGAUAUGGCAGCGGUGGAUAUGGCAGUGGUGGAUAUGGAAGUGGUGGAUACAGCAGCAGUAGCCGAUAUGGUGGCGGAUAUGGUAGCGGUGGAUAUGGCAGUGGUGGGUAUGGCAGUGGCGGAUAUAGUGGCGGAUACGGCAGUGGUGGAUACGGCAGUGGUGGAUAUGGAAGUGGUGGAUACAGCAGCAGUAGCAGAUAUGGUGGCGGAUAUGGUAGCGGUGGAUAUGGCAGUGGCGGAUACAGCAGUGGUGGAUAUGGAAGCGGUGGAUAUGGCAGUGGUGGAUAUGGAAGCGGUGGAUUUGGCAGCAGUGGCGGAUCUGGUGGCAGAACUGUCAAAUAUUCUGUCAGCCGCGGCUAUGGUGGAAGCAGUGGGGGCGGUUAUUACGGUGGUUCCUAUGGUGGAGUCUUGGCUCUCAUGCCAAGCAACGUUUGCUACUCCUGCAAUUAAAUGAGGAUGGGGAAGUGACCCAGAAUCCCCGAACAACCAGUCCAGCAGAAGACGAACUCAAAGACUGAAAUUUCAUCAAUGGACCAAGCUUUCCUUUGCCUGCCGAGAUGUUCUGCGUGAACCACCGCUUCGGCAUGUCUGCACCUGAAUUCUCCGCAUCUUCCACUGUGUCCCAACGAAGUGAGAACUUCAUGACCAUUUCUUCUCCAAGCUCCACUGCUUCUUUGUUUCCGACUAUGGCUAAGAAAAGAGAGAAAUCGGAACACUGCUUCUUUGCCAAGAAGAAUCACCACUGUGUCUGAAAACUGUGUAUUUAGAAGGACACACUGGCGAGAGCCCCGCACUCCCACCCCAAUUCAGACUGUGUCAGUGAAGCCUUCCAAAAAUCUUUGUGUCUACUGAAUCAUGUCAGAGAAUGAUACUGAUUUGGAUCUCAUUUACCACUGUUCCUUUUCUUACCUAAUAGUGUAUUUCUUUAUUCCCUUGAUUCAUUUCAUUAAAGCUUCCUUUGCAUCACAAAA